AUGCACGAGCGCUCCCUCCUGGACGCGGUGCAGCGAUGGCGCCGCCCCAAGUACUCGGCGCGCCCCUUUGCGCUCACCCUCGUCGCCAUCGCCCUGAUCACGCUGCUCGCAUGGGCAAAGGAGCACCACACCAACCGCCCCGGCAGCGCCCGCAGCGACCGCAGUGGCAGUCUGCGCCGGCGCGACGUCACCAUGCUCGACGAGGAGUGCCGCCUCGUCCACCAUGCCGUCGACCAAUGCGCCUUCGUCCUCGCCAACUGCCCCGACGAGGAGGCCGGCGUCAUCUCGUACCUGACGCUCUACUACUGCCGCCUGCCCCACGCCAAGCCAGUCGCCUUCGCCAUCAUGACCCUGUGGCUCGCCCUCCUGUUCAGCACCAUUGGCAUCGCCGCCAGCGACUUCUUCUGCGUCAACCUCAACACCAUCGCCAGCAUGCUGGGCAUGAGCGAGAGCCUGGCCGGCGUCACCCUGCUGGCUUUUGGCAACGGCAGCCCCGAUGUGUUUUCCACGUUUGCCGCCUUCCGCACCCACGCCGCGAGCCUGGCUGUGGGCGAGCUCAUCGGCGCCGCCAGCUUCAUCACUGCCGUCGUCUCGGGCUCCAUGGCCCUGAUCCGGCCCUUCAACGUCGCGCGCAAGAGCUUCGUCCGCGACGUGGGCUUCUUCAUCGUGGCUGCAGGCUUCAGCAUGGGCUUCAUCGUCGACGGGCGGCUCCACCUGUGGGAGGCCGUGACCAUGGUGGCCUUCUAUCUCUUCUACGUCGUCUUUGUCGUGGCCUGGCACUGGUCGCUCAACCAGCGCAAGGCGCGGAGGCUCAAGGCUGCCGCCACGCGGAGCCACUACGUCACGCCUGGGGGGGAAGAGGAGGAGAUUGCCGACUACUUUGACGACGUUGACGACGACGAGGCCCCUCCAGCCAACGCCAGGACACCCUCCCGCGGCGUCUCCAUCGACGACUUCAACGCGCUCGAGCGUGGAGGUGCGGACCCUCUGAACGCAGACGAGAACGAAGAGGAGCGUGAGCGCUGGAUGGGCGAAAUGUCCAGCAACAUGCGCGUCAGUCGCCCGCCGCUGGGAGCUCGCCGGCCCACCCAGACGGCCAUUCGACCGAGUCUUGUGGGCGCGCUCGAGUUCAGGGCUGUGCUGUCGUCGCUGCAGAAGUCUAGGAACAUCCAGUCCAUGCCCAUCAGCCUCCGCCGCUACUCGGACGACCCAACCUACACGACCGCGCAGCAGCAAGACCUCAUAUCAACGACGUCUGACCCUGCUCCCCGGCCGCCCUUUGAUGUUGCCUCCGUGUCGUCGGGCAAGUCGCCCGGCCUCACCCGGCCGACGCUGGAGGUGCAACAGAGCAUGAAUCGCACCAGAGCCGUGUCGACCAACGACCUCGACAACGUGCGCCUGCACCCUAGCACGCUGCAAGGCAACCUACCGCACAUCAGCCUUGCACCAGCCACCCCCGAUUUCCAGGGCAACCUCUCCUCCCGAGCGGGUCACGCACCUCCGUCUCCCACCAUCUCGCUGUCGCCGCCCCCCUCGCACAUGUCAUGGCAGGCGCCUUCAAGAACGCGAGGCUACUCGGAUCUGCUGGCUCCGCCUGGUCUCGACUCGCAGGGCCUCUCGCAGCGUUCAACGCCCACGCAGAGUCCGCUCUCGUCGCCCGUCUUGAGGCCGGACGAUGGUCCUGCGCCGCCGAACCUGAAGCUGUCCGUGCCUGGGGCUGCGUCACCGCCCAUCCCCUUCCCCGCAUACACCGACUUCCCGUGGUCGGCGCACAGCUCGUCUCGCGCACCCAGCCUGCGCCUGCCUUCGCCCAGCGCGUCGCCCGAGUCUGCAUUCCACAACGAGAGCCUCUUUGGCGUUUACGAUGUCGCUCGGACGCCAAGCUGGUGGCCUUGUCGGCUUCUCCCUGCGCCGCACCUAUUCCUGUCGACGUUAUUCCCCACCCUGACGAGCUGGCGCGACAAGAACGUAUGGGACAAGCUGCUGGGUCUGGUAGCUGCCUUGCCGGUCUUCCUCCUCACCAUCACCCUGCCGGUGGUUGAGCCUGCGAGCAACGAGGACGACGACGACCAGGCUGGCCACCCAGACUUUGGUCUGCCGCCUGCUUUGACACCCGUGGGCGGUACGUUUGACUCGCAAUACCGCCUGGACGGGUCGGCACCGGCAAGCCGCAGCAACACGGAUCCAUCCAAGAGGCAGAAAUCCGCGUCCAACCCGAACGGCAGCUCGUACGCCUCCCACAACACGACCGGCUCCCAGCCACCUCAGGUGUUGAUUACGACGGACGAGAACCUGCUGGGCUCGCCCGAAGCCCUCCCCGAGGACCCGCUCUCCGCACACGGGCAUCCGUCGAGCAAGCCAAAGGAGUGGAACCGCUGGCUCGUGAUCAUCCAGACCUUCACAGCGCCCUUCUUCAUCGUGCUCGUCGUGUGGGCCAACGUGGAGCCGGACUCGCCGCACGCGCUCGUCCGGCAAACCAUGUACUCCAGCGUCGCCUCCCUGGUGCUCGUCGCCUUCCUCCUCGUCACGACGACGCCGACGCGGGCCCCGCGGUGGCGGCAGCUGCUCUGCUUCGUGGGGUUCGCCGUGGCGAUCGCGUGGAUCAGCACGAUCGCGAACGAGGUCGUGGGCGUGCUGCGCACGCUCGGCGUGAUCCUCAACAUGUCGGACGCGAUCCUCGGCCUGACCAUCUUCGCGGUGGGCAACUCGCUCGGCGACCUCGUCGCGGACAUGACGGUCGCGCGCCUCGGCUUCCCCGUCAUGGCCCUGUCCGCCUGCUUCGGCGGGCCGAUGCUCAACAUCCUCCUCGGCAUCGGCCUCGCUGGCUGCUACAUGAUCCUCACCAAGGGCGAGCACCGACACGAACGCCACCCGUCUGAGCCCGUGCACUUUAAACCGUACCACAUCGCGGUCAGCACCACGCUCGUCAUCUCGGGCGCUAGCCUGCUCGUCACCCUCGCGGGGCUGCUGGUCGCCGUUCCUGUGAGGAGGUGGCGGAUGGACAAGUGGAUUGGCUGGGGCCUGCUGGGCACGUGGUGCGUGAGCACGGCGGCGAAUGUGCUGGUGGAGGUAUUAGGGUUUAGCAGUGAUGUUAGCUAA